AUGUACGAGUUAUUGAGUUUUCCAUCUUGGAUACCAUCUUGUGUUACUCAACAUUACCAUGAUAAGGGCAUAAAAGGUCUUUUCCAAUGGCAGCACGAGGUUUUGAGUACUGACAAUGGAAUCGACAACCUUCUCAUAUCUGCCCCAACUAGUGCAGGCAAGAGUAUUGUUGCUGAGCUACUUGCAUUAAAAAUUGCUUUAAAAGGAAAGCGAGUUUUAUUUGUUUUGCCAUACAUCAGUGUAGCCAAAGAAAAAUUGAAUUUGAUACAAAAGAUUUGGAGAUCUGUAGACUUACAAGUGGCUGGAUUCAUAGGUGCCACUUCUGCGCCUUCUAGAGAAUGGAUUGCUGCGGUCUGUACGAUGGAGAAGGCUAAUAGUCUGCUGAAUCAUGCUCUUCAAGAUGGAACGUUUCAUGAAUAUGGGAUGAUCGUGUUAGAUGAAAUCCAUAUGCUGGAUGAUCCAUCUCGCGGAGGCACUUUGGAAAAUUUGGCUACAAAAAUUUUAUUUUGCAAUAAAAAUGUUGAGAAUACACAUGUUAGAUUGUUAGGAAUGAGUGCUACUUUGCCUAAUUUGGAAAAAAUAAAGACGUGGAUGAGUGCUGAGGUAAAGGUUACGGACUUUCGCCCCAUCGAACUCAAUGAGUUCAUGAGUUAUGAUGGAUUUGUUUACGAUAUGAGAAACAAGAAAGAAGUUAGAAAGUUGGAUGUUUCUCAUCGGUAUCCUGGGGACGUCGAUUGCUCCGUCGGUUUUUCUGUGGAAGCUGUUUAUCAGAAGAAGCAAACACUCGUGUUUUGUUCUUCCAAAAACGAGGUUGAAAAUACAGCGUUAGAAAUCGCCAAGCAGUUGGAUGGAUGUUACCGAAAAAGUUCUGAAAUGGAGUCACGUGUUAAUAAGAAAGCUCUGCUAGCUAUGAAGGCAGACUUGGAACAGUUUUGUAGAGAGAUCGAUCCGAUUUUGAUGAAAACUCUACCAAGAGCUGUAGCUUACCAUCAUGCUGGUCUGACAUCUGAAGAACGCGAGUGCAUAGAGAAAGCUUUCCGAGAAGGAGUUGUUCUAGUAUUAGUAGCAACGAGUACCUUAUCAUCAGGUGUUAACAUGCCUGCAUACCGAGUGAUCAUCAAGUCACAAACUCGUGGUCCGGCUGCAAUUUCAUCGACGACUUACCAACAAAUGGCUGGACGUGCUGGUCGUUUAGGUCAAAGCGAAAACGUGGAUGCAAUUAGGAAGUCAGCUUUUGAUGAUUUCUCGGAAGAAGUAAGAUGUUAUCCGUUGCUCUUCCUUGUUUGA